CUGUUUUGUUAAGUAUAGUAAUUUGGAUGACCACUCAGCCUUUUCAGCUUUCGUAUGUGACUAAGAACAGCAGGAUGGAGUGGGAUUUGCCUCUACCCUUUCCUAUGAGUGCUUGAGAUUUUCUGGCUUUCAAGCGGACAGUUCUAAAAAUAAUCCAUUUGCUGGUCGAGUUCCAUAUUAAGUUCCGGCUCAAUUCACAAGGAACAAAAAGGCAGGAGACCUGCUGUUGUACAGGGGUUCGGGGUAGGAUUGGGGUGAAAGACGCUCUCUUCUUCCCCCGCUUUGCUUGGAGGCAUGGGGGAGCCGAAUGCAGAGGUCAAGGUGGUGAACGAAGAAACCGAGGCCAAGCCACAGCAGGCACAUAAGAAUGGAAAGAAGGCAGAGGUUGGAGGAGGAACCUCAUUUUUCACUUGGUUCAUGGUUUUGGCUCUGCUCGGCGUCUGGACCUCUGUAGCUGUGGUGUAUUUUGACCUUGUUGACUAUCAAGGUGUAAUUGCCAAAGCAAAGGACUUGCGCUAUAAUCUUUCAGAGGUAUUACAAGGUAAACUUGUGUCCUAUGAUGCUGAUGGUGAUGGAGACUUUGAUGUGGAAGAUGCUAAAGUACUACUAGGGCUGAAAGAAAGAUCCACCAUUGAGACCAGUGAAUCAGUUGAGAGAACCCCUGCUGAACCUGUGGAAGAAGCUCCAGAAUCUAUCGUGGAGGAAGAAAUCCAAGCCACUAAAGUUGAAGAAGCAGCUCAGCCACCACCAGAACCAGAGCCUGUGGAAGAGGAGCCUGUUCCUGUGGAAGAAGAACCUCUGGCAGAAGAAGAAGAGCCCACUGCUGCAGAAGAAGAAGAAGAAGAAGAAGAAGAAGAAGAGCCCACUGCUACAGAAGAUGAAGUAGCUGAGGAGGAACCAGAGGUUGAAGAGGAGCAAGAAGUUCCUGAGGAAGAACCAGAAGUUGUGGAGGAAGAGCCUGAGGUUUCAGAGACUGUUCCAGUUGAGGAAGAGGUCAUACCAGUUGAAGAACCGGUUGAGGAAGCUGCUCCAGUGGAAGAAGCAGUAGAGGAAGUGCUGGAGGAAGAAGCUGCACCAGUAGAAGAAGAAGUAGAAGAUGCACCAUUGGAAGAGGCAGUAGAAGAAGCAGUUGAAGAGGUUGCACCGGUUGAGGAAGUGUUCAAGGAAGAGGCUGCACCAGUGGAAGAGACAAUAGAAGUAGUAGUAGAAGAGGAUGCACCAGUGGAAGAAACAGUAGAGGAAGCUGCACCAGUAGAAGAAGUUGUGGAGGAGGUUGUACCGGUAGAAGAAGUUGUGGAAGAGGUUGUACCAGUAGAGGAAGUUGUGGAAGAGGUUGUACCAGUAGAAGAAGUUGUGGAAGAGGUUGUACCAGUAGAAGAAGCUGUUGAGGAGCUUGAACCAGUAGAAGAAGCUGCUGAGGAGCUUGUACCAGUAGAAGAAGUAGUAGAGGAACCUGAAACAGAACUGGAGGAAGAAGUAGAAACACCUGAAGAGACAGUUGAGGAGUCAAUACCUGUAGAAGAAACAGUAAUAGAAGAGGAAGAGGAAACAGAUGAGCCAGUUCAGGAAGAUGAAGAAGUACAAGACUCCACAGUGGAGGAAUCAGAGCUUGAGGCAGAGGAUAUGGAGGAAGAGGAGGAUACAGCUGCUGAGGAAGAGCAGCCUGAGGAGGACGUAGAAGAGGAAAUUGACCAGACAGAAGAACAAAUUGAAGUAGAGCCCACAGAAACAUAAAACAUUCGGCAGUAUGUAAGAUGCAGAGAGGACCAGCACCACAUGGCAUUCCACUGGAAGUGUGCAGCUGCCAAUUCCCACCAUGGAGUAAAAAAAAAAAGAGAGCGCUACUUUUUCCCUUUUGUUUUCCUGGAUUUUUAUUUUUUUGACACUCAAGCCUGUUUGUUAAUUGAUAACGUUGUCUUUUUGUGUACAAGUACACAUUUGUUUGAAUGUUUUGUCAACUUUUGUUUGGUGGUUUGACUCUUACCCCCUUUUCCCUUUUGAAUUCCUUUUCUGUAAUUACAGACAAAGCUAUUUCCCGAUCCUCUAACAUAGAUGUGAAGUAGCCUUUUUUUGAAUGAUCAUUGAUGAUAGUUUGGUUGUAGUUUUCUAUCCUGUGUGUACAAACGCCUUCAUGUUGCUUUGUAGCUCAGAGAUCUUCACAUUCUACUCAGCACUGAAUCCAUCAGUGUGGUCAUCAAGUCUGAUGUUUUGCUUUAAUGUGAAGGUACUAUGCAAAGCUGCACUGAUCUUUCGGUAUUUUUACCCUUAGGUUUUGUACUACCAAUAUGUAUUGAGUCUACAUUUCCAAUGUUGCAUAUCAAGGACAAGUUUAUGCUGGCAGGUUAACCAAGAUGAUUGCUAUGUGAACUGUGUAUGGAGUGAAUGGGCGUGCAUGUGCAUGUUUGCGUGUGUCUAUUUUUGAAAAUUCAUGUUUAACUCGAUGCGAAUCAAUCAUUUGAGCCAUUUUUCUCACUAGUAUGUGUUUUUCUUAUGUGUUUUUCAGCAUACAGUCAACAUUUUAGUACCUCUGUUGAUAUUGUCCUCAAUAUUGUCACUUUUUGCUAAGAGCUCAGAGCGCGCAGAGAACUUGUUUUUGCAUUUCUUCACAUUUAGGAAAUGUCACUAUUUUAAACUCAGAUGCAUAGCGUUGCCCCAUCCCAUUUUUUUUUUUAUUUAUACUUUUGCCUUUUUCAGUCUUGUUUCAUAGGCUCGUGAUUUGACAAGCUCUGUUUCAGGUAGACACUCCAGCUGCUGUGCAGUAUGCGUAUGAUAAACAGUGUUGUUUAAUGGGUGUCUUAUGUAAUAACUGGUGGAAAUACGGAGCAACCUACUACAAAAUGUUUUAUUUUUAUAGCAGGGUAAAGAUUUUUCCUAGUGCUUCACAAAUCAGUAUAUGCUUAUUUGUCAAAUGUCAAGCACUGCCUAUGUAUUGACUUCACAGUACAUUUAUUCUGGCCCUUUCAACUAUUGCAGGCACAUUUGUAAGAACACAAUACAAUUUUGUUGUUGUACAUUCAGAAAGAAACAUGACUGGUUAUUUUGUCACUUUAAUAUCAGAGCAAGACAAAAUUAGUUUGUAUUUACUAUUUUUGCUGGUUAAGAAAUUGAAAACUUGUUUGAUCUUUGGAAGGAAACCCAAUUCUGACUCCUGAAUUGUUUCACUGUGGAUUUUUUUUUUUAUUGUAAUGUUGUUACACUGUGGUUUUAAUGGGCCUGCCAGAAUAGAUGUUGUUUUUUUGAUAGACUUUAGGAAAUGCUGCAGAUCUCUUCAAAACAGUGGUUGCAUAACACAAGUGGCUGAAACAUAGUUUCUAGGGUUUGUUUUUCUUUUUGUACAACACUAGAGGGUGUUUUGGACCCCUUAACAUUUUUGAAGUCAAUGUGAAUUUUUAAAGUGGUAUUAAUUUUACAGAGUAAAAUGCUUUUUUUCUUUUUUAGGAUUUUUAAGGAUUUCCUUUAUUUAGGAUUUGACUUUUUUUUAGUCAAAGUGAAUGAUUUUUAUUAAAGUGUUAACUUCUCAAAGCCAUAUGUGAAAGGCUGGAUAUAGCAGCCUUGGUACAGGUUGUGUUUCAAGGGACGGACACCUCACAACCAGCAAUAACACCGUUUUGGAAGGGAGCAUUUUUUUUAUUGACAUCCAGAUAUAAACAGGUGUACUCAAGGCUUUCUAUCCAGAGGUUUACAUGAAAUCCUGCUGUAUAGGCUAACUCAGUUUAAGUUAUUGAGGCAAUGCAAUUUUAGGGAGUUCUGGGUGACUUUUCACAAAUCUGUAAACAACUGUAAAUGUUUUGUUUGAGUGCUGCAAUAAAGGUUGGGUACAACAAGA